AUGAAGUACAUCAUUGAACAUAUGGAACAAGGUUUCAGCGAAUGGGUUACGCUAGAAUAUGCACAAAUUAUCCGUGAUAUAGGUGCCGAAAACUUGAUCAUCUCAUCGUUACCAGUUGGGACCAAAGAGUCGGACAUUCCAGAGAAACUAAGGGCUAUGGGAUUGCAAUGGACCACUGCAAACCUUGACAAGAUUAACGAGGCAUUUCCGGAAUUGCCAGCGCUCAAGUCUCAAAGGGUGUGCUUGCUAGACCCAAGAGCCAAGACCGAUCUAGUUCCAGCGGACGCACAACAAUACGACUACUUCGUAUUUGGUGGUAUUCUUGGUGACCACCCACCUAGAGACCGGACCAGAGAACUAAUGGAACAGUACCCUGAUCUAUUGGUGGGAAAGAGACUUGGUGACAAGCAAAUGACUACAGACACAGCCAUCCGUACCACUCAAAUCAUCAUCGAGAAGCAGACCAAAUUCGAGGACAUCAAAUUCAUCGACUACCCUGAGUUCAGAUUCAACAAGAACGAGGCCACCGAAAUGCCAUUCAGAUACGUGCUAAACUCCGAAGGGAAACCUAUCCUACCUGAGGGAAUGCUAGAACUAAUCAAGAGAGACUCCGAACAAAGUCUAGACGACCUCUUCUGA